AUGUAUUUAUCUAAUGCAUCAUCGUCAAGUGCAAAAUUUUAGAGUGCAAAAUAAUAACAGUAAGAGUCAAUUAAGGUAAAGGAAUAAUAGGAUUAAACAAUAAAUUCAGAAGGAGAUCUAGAAUCUGAAUUUAAUUAAGAUGAAUUAUAUUAGAAAUAGCAGAAUAUUCAGAAGAGUUAAAAAUUUGUAGCAUCAGAAUAGGAAGUAGUUUCUAUUGAGGCUAGGAAAGAUAUAGUAUAAGUUGAACAAUUAAACACAGAAAUUUAAGAAGAAAAGCCUCUAAAUUUAAAUUUUGUGGAAAUACCUUCAAAUUAAAGGAACAAUUUAUAGACAUAUAAAUCUGCAAAUAGAAAGCUUGUUCCUAUUAAUUAACAUAGUUUAAGUUAAUCUAUGAUAUCAAAUAUGACAUUAAAUAAUAAGGGUGCAGGAUUUCGUAAAAUAAAUGCAUUCUAUUAUGAUAGAAUAGGAGAUUAAAUGAGUUUGAUAUUCAUGGAUAAUAAGAAUAUAAUAAAAUAUUUAGCAAGAGAAAUAGUCAUACCUCUUUUGAUAGCCUUUGUGAUUGAAGUUUUGAUUUUAGUUGUGUAGAAUGAGAUUGGAGAAUUUUGUUUUAUUGAUGGAAUUGAUUGUUCUAGCUAUUGGGUUAGAUUAUGGUCAUUUUUUAAAUAAUAGAUUGUAAGAUUAUCAUUAAUAAUAAACAGCUUUUUAAAUUAGGGAUUGUAUUUUGUAAAGGUCAUAUAUUGUACAAAUUGGUAUUAGGAAAUAAGUUAAUAUAGGUGAAGAAUGGGAGACCUUUGAUGGAAUAUUUUAUUUUAAUAAUAAUGACAGUCUUAACAGAUUUUAUAAUGAUAUUUUGGGUUGGAUUUAAUGAAGAUUGGUUAUUUAUAGUUUAUGUAUACAUACUUGGUUUUGUUGUAUUUUUCAAUACAUUUAGAAUGAAGACAUGGCCAAGUUAUCUAUCUAAAGGUUUGAGUUAUUUUUUGUAUGAUAUCACAAUAAUUGGAUUACUAUUGGCUUGCUUUAAAUUAUUUCCUUAUAUAAAACAAUCUUUUAAAGAUUAAAAUUCUGUAGCUUGGCAUGAAUAUUAUAUGUUUCUUUAUGCAUUUUUAGAUUUAGGAAUGGAAUUUUUUAUGGAUUUAUCACUUUCAUUCACUAAAUACAGUGAAUUAUAUAUAUAUUAAGGUUAAUUGUUAAUAAUAGGUACAAGAGUGGGAACAUUGAUUUAAGGAGAUAUGACAAGAUUCGAUUUUUGGUUUUGUUUGUUUUUCUUGAUAAUGUUUAGAAUCAAUAAUAUAUCAAUAGUAUUUACUGUAUUCUUUAGAAGAGUAAUUUAUUAUGCAACUCCAGAUAGUUUGAAACCUUAUGUAUCUAUGGAAGAGACUAAUUUAACUAGAAAAGGAAAGAAUGGAGCAUGUUGGGAACAUUUGUUUUGGAUAGUUUAUUUUUAUAUGUUUAUAUUUUCAGGAAGAACUUUUACUUAUUGGGUUUUUGAUAAAACAUAUAUAUUAAAUGGAAAAUUUGAAACUAAUAUUUGGGAUGGAUAUGAAAAAUCUAAUUAUAUGCCAAUAAUUAUAUGGGUAUUUCUGUUGAUACCUGAAUAUGUUGGAUAUAGAUUAAAUAAGUCAAAGAAUUAUGAUAACAUAAAACUUUUAGGAGGAAAUUAAAUGAAGUUUUAUGAAAAUUUAUUCAUAAGAAUAUUUGGAGUAUAUUUAUUCAAUUUUGCAUUGAUGAGCAAUUUAAUUUGA